UCUCUCUGUCUCUCUCUCUCUGUCUCUCUCUCUCUCUGUCUCUCUCCGUCACGCGCGACUCACCUGAUCCCGACCUUCGGCGAAAACGCGUUGUUGUUUUAUUAAAUGCCUCGCGCGCGACCGCAAGAGCGAAAUGUAAGUUCCGCGAACCCGUCUUCGUUUACAAACUCUCCCACCUGUUAGCGCUCGACGCCGCGGUCAUAAACAGGUGUUGACGGAAGCGCACGGCCGGAAAUCAUUCCGUGACUCAGUUGUGGAAGCGUGUCUCAGGUGAGGAGGAGGAUGGAGGAUCUGGCUGUUUUGGACCCGCCGGAGUGUCCUCUGUGCGCGGAGCCCCCGGACGCGUCCGCCAAGGUCCACGACGCGCCGCAGCCUCCCCGGGUGUGCUGUCCCGCUCCGGGAUCGGUGCACGAGCUCCCCAGUGACCCUCUGCUGCUGAGAGUCCUCCAGAGCCUCCAGGAGCGGGGCCCCCCGAGGGACAGGUCCGUCAGAUACACCGGCUCCGCGCUCCGGGACGACCUUUUUAGCAGCUACUCGCCAGAUCUGCCCAAACAGGGGGUGCGAGUUCAAGCGUCGUACGACUUCCAGGGAAGCUCACCCGGCGAUCUCACUUCCCUGCGCUGGAGGGUGGAUGAUAGCUGGUUCUGCGCUGAGGGCAGAGCCGGCAGCGGUCUGGUGCCGGUGGAUGUGGUGAGGGUCAUGGGUCAGCAGCGGCAGCAGCCCGUGGCUCUCUGCAGAGCUCUGUACGACUUCAACGCUGACGGUCUGGACCCGGGGGACAGCAACGAGUGCCUGACCUUCUUCAAGGGAGACAGCAUCACUCUUAUCAAACAAGUCAACGGAAAUUGGGUUGAAGGUAAACUUGGAGACAAAGUUGGGAUUUUUCCUCUGCAGCUCACGGAGCCGAACCCGACGGCGCGCGAGCUUCUGGAGAAGCGCGAAAGGCGGGUCGAGGCCGGCUUCCCCGGGAGGAGCGCCGGAGCGUCUCGCCAGUCGGCCGGGCCUCCCAGCGUCAGUCUCCUGAACAGCCAGAACCGUCCUCAGGUCCAGCAGGGCUCCAGCAAGACGUUUAACAAGCCGCGCGCGAGGAGCUCGCGCAGGAACCCGCCUAAGAAAGACAGAACAAUGAGCGGUGAAAGUCCGCCGACCAUCACCAUGGCACUGAUUAACCCUCAGGCUUCCCCCCUGCCUUCAGAGAGCAAGAUGUCCGCCACCCAGCAGCUCUCUAUCAGUGUGUGCGCCGCGCUGUAUUCCUACGCGCCUCACCGCUCUGAAGAGCUGGAGCUGAGGAAAGGUGAAAUGGUGGGGGUUUAUGGGAAAUUCAAAGAGGGCUGGCUCCGUGGACUGUCUCUCAGAACAGGCAAAGUAGGGAUCCUGCCGGCCAACUACGUUACACCUGUGCUCAGGACUUCUGCAAGGUUUCUUGAACAGACCAAACCUGCCGUUCCCAACACGAGCGCAGUCUCAGCCAAGCGCCACACCCCGCACAAGCCGCAGGCUGUUGUUCUGGCCCUAGACCGAGUCAACGCCGACGCCCCUUCAGCCGCAAUGGCUGUGACGUCAUCGGCCAGUCCCGGGCGAGCGCCGCAGCUGGGCGGAAAACAGGGAUGGAGCACCGUGAGACGCGCCCUUCACGCCACACACAGGGGCUUGCCUCAUCACGGAAACUACAAUUCAAAUUCCAUCGUAAGCCUUCAGCCUCCACCUCAGGAUUUGGGGCAGAUCUACACUCUCGGCCGCUCGCCCGUUCUUCCCAAAAAGAGAAACGGUUUGUUCUCGAACCCCAUCAAGGCGCAGCACUGGGCGUACGAAACCACGGCUCCCUCUGCUGGAGCUUAUCAGCCGGUCGGCAGGGACCCGGUCCAGAAAGAGGCCCCCGUCGCAGCUCCUCAGUCCAUUCUGGUCAAACCAGACGCUCACAAGCACAACACGGAGAAGAUAGUGAAGUCAGUGCGCUUCGUGACUCGUGAUGCUCCUCAGGCUUCAAAAGCGCCGUCCAGCUCGCCUCCAGUCUCUACUUCCCAGCCCGGUCUUUCCUCUCUAGACCACUGGAACCCUUCAGCCAUCUUGGGUCGGGAUGGAAGCACAUUAGUUUUUAAAGACACAAAAACACCCAGAAAGAGCACGGAUCACGCUUCUACGGACUGCCUCUCGCUAAACAUGAAGCCUGCGCUGAUCAACAACCAAUCCGGCACUAAUAGAUUUAGGGUCAUGAAAGGCUACAGCGCUAAAACGGACGCCGAGCUCACGCUGACCGAGGGAGAAAUCGUCGUCGCUCAGAGGCCUCGAGCGGACGGAAGGCUUCUCCUGACCCAGGAGAUCAGCGGGAAGACGGGCCUUUUCCACAGCAGCGUCCUGGAGAUCCUGGACAAGCUUCUCUGAGCGCCACGGGUUCUUCCGCGCGCGUUCUCCGUCCAGUGCUGUGUUUAUAGUCGCACCGUUUUAGCCAGUCGUGUCAUGAACCCGAACGAAAAGCAAUAUCCUGUGUACUUUUAAGUACGACGAAUCGCGUCUUGUUUGAUGCACACCCACUUGGCACAAAAACUAGGUUUUUCCUUCAUGGUUAGUCAGAUGAACGUGCCUUUUUGUAUGUCGAAUCACUGUAUGCACUUUUAGACGUGGUGAGAGGUGGGGAGGUUUGUUAAUUCUGGUCAUCUUUGACUGUUGGAUUAAGGGAGGGUUUUAGUGAUGACUUGCUCAAGAUUGUCUUUUUCACUCACAAAAUCCUGUCGUCUCAAUACAGUAAUGGUGGAUUUGUUUUGUUGUAUAAAACGUCAUAGCAUCUAUAUCCUGACGAUGGAAUUCUUCGUUCCUGUUCUCGGUCCCUUUUUUGGGGGGAAUUUUGGGAAAACUGGUAAACUUACAAUAACAAUAAACACGAAGAGCUCUGGA